UCCCCGGCCGUCAACCCCAUCUUCUCUUCGUAUACCCAUCAUCGGCCUUUGUCGCCUCGGGGCAGCACCAGAAACGCGGGAAGAGCCGUCACUUGUAAGAUGACUUGGAGAUGGCUUCCUUACAGCCAGAGCCCACCUACACCGUCUUCGUUCGACUCCCGUUUCCCAGGGACGGGUUUGUAGAUCCUCCACCGGCGAAUUGGGAUUCGGCUAAAGACGAAGCUCUGUGGAGCAUCAUCUCCCGGCUCUCUAAGACCGAGAUAGACUGGAAUGACAUUGCGGACAGGUUCGAGGUCACCGUCGACUUCUUGCUUCAACAGGUUGCCUGGCUUACCGAACGUCACGCGUCCCAAGUACGGGCCCAGAUGCGCAGGGCCACAACCAUCGCUAAAGGCUCGGCGGCACCGUCACCCCAACCAGGCCCCGACGGGCCAUUUUCGGCCGAGCCAAUACGGCGGACUGCGUCUGGCGACCGAUUAGCACGGGUCCCAUCUGUAUUAUCCAUCCGAAAGGAGACCCCGGCGCCCCGCAAUGAUGGCAGCGUGCCUGGGACACCGUCGAGAAGCACCCCACGGCCGGUCGUGACCCGGACGUCCUCCUCAAACACUGCCGUAUACACAACCCGCGGCCUUGGGCUUACCAACAAAGCACCAAUCAAAUCCACCACCGACGCUCAACGGCAUCCUCUGGCUUCGCUUCCCAUCGCCGCCGCCACCCACGACUCCGACCCUGACGCCGCUUCGCCGAGAGACACCGAACCCCUUUCGGCAUCGGAGUCGUCGUCCUCGAGCCCAGCGCAGUCUCGAAUCAUCCGCCGGCCGCCGCGCUUCCAGGGCCACGACGCCGAGUCCUCUUUCGCCGACGACGAGGACACGGCGCCCGCCUUCCCGCCCUACAAGCCUGACGCCGACGGAUCGGGCAGCGGCGGCCCGCACGAUCUCAGCGCAACGGUGCGCGUCAAUCCGCCGCGGGACUACGCGAAGAGGCAGCUCAAGGGGUCGUCGGCUCGCGAGCGCGAGCGGGCCCACCAGUCCCAGACCUCCGACUCGUCGAGCAGCUCGAUGACGCCCGCGAUUAAGAGCAUCUCCUCGGACAACAGCCGGCCGGGCGGGCCCCUCUCGCCCCGGCGCGCGACGGAACUCACGAGCCGCAGUCCCGCCAGCAAGGGCAAGGCCCACUCUCGCGACAGCGACGGGAGCCACAGCCUGUGCAGCAGCUUUAGCGAUCUCGACGACGCAUCGGUGACGCAGUCCGCCCUGGAGGAGGCGCUGGCGAGCAAGAUGCAGGAAGGCACCGUGGGCAGCCUUAGGGGGACUCUCAGCGCUGCCUUCCGGAGCAGAUACCUCCCAGGGUCCAAGCACUAAUCCGAGCCGCAGAGGGCGACG